GAUUCCGAUACUCCCACCCACUUGUGGGCAAAAGUCAUUGCUGAGAGGAGUCUCGGAGGUGUCUUCAGUCCGUCUUUUGUGAAUAUAUCUGCUCAUCUUCCACAUCAACAUGAGUGAUCCCUGGCAGGAGUGCAUGGAUCACUGUGUGGAGGUCACCAAGAAGGCUGGGGAGAUGAUCCGUGAGGCGCUCCAGAGGGACAUCACCGUCAUGCAGAAGAGCUCACCGGUUGACCUGGUGACCGAGACGGACCAGAAAGUGGAGCAGCUCAUUAUAUCCUCCAUCAAGGAAAAGUAUCCCACGCACAGCUUUAUAGGUGAGGAGUCGGUAGCAGCAGGCGCCCCCAGUCUUCUAACAGACAACCCCACAUGGAUCAUCGACCCUAUCGACGGCACCACCAACUUUGUCCACAGGUUCCCGUUUGUCUCCGUAUCAAUCGGCUUCACGGUGAAGAAAGAGAUAGAGUUUGGAAUCGUCUACAGCUGCAUCGAGGACAAAAUGUACACCGCGCGGAAAGGAAAGGGAGCGUUCUGCAAUGGAUCCCCCAUUAAGGUGUCUGGACAAGAAGAUAUCAGCAAGUCUCUGGUGCUGACAGAAAUGGGCUUCAAGAAGGAUCCUGAAAGAUUCCAAACAAUGCUGGCCAACAUCAGGACCAUCCUCACCAUCCCCGUACACGGAAUCCGCUCCCCGGGCAGUGCAGCUGUCAAUAUGUGUCUGGUAGCGUGCGGAUCGGCCGAUGCCUACUACCACAUGGGCAUCCACUGCUGGGACAUGGCUGGAGGGGCAGCGGUUGUUACCGAAGCCGGCGGAGUAAUCAUGGACAUUUCAGGUGGACCAUUUGAUCUGAUGUCUCGCAGGCUGAUCGUGGCCAGCAGCAGGGUGAUAGCAGAACGCAUUGCGAAGGAGAUAACAGAGUUUCAGGUUGGCAGGGACGACACUGAGUAAACUUUAGCCAAUUUAAGUCGUGCAAACACGCUCAGCUGUUUUCUGUGGAACAGGUUUCAAGUCCAUCUUUGCCUUAAGAACCAAAAUAAUACAGACGUACCUCUGAGGAACAUCUGAGCGGGUUUGAUACACAAUCUGAGCUUUCAGCCUUCUGUCUGUCUGUGUUGUAUUCCAGCACUUAUCCAUUCACUUGUUGUUUUUAAUCACUCAGCCAUGUCUUAGUAUUUAUAUUUAUUUGUGUGGAUGAUGCAGCCAGAACAAGAUAAAAGAUUAAAUACCUCAACACAGCAUCACUGAAGCUACUUUACAAUCACAGUGUGCAAGUUUCGACCAAUUAUUUUUUGCUUUUUCAUUUGGGAUUUUUGAAAAUGUUUUUAAAGUGAAUUCUUGAGGUCCAGCAUCAUGAAUAGUCGUUUGCACUAAAUGCACCAGUGGCAGUGUCCAUACAAGUACUGUACUGUAGAAGAGCUUCUCUGUCAAAUCCAGAACUUAAACCUGCAGUGUGGAACUUUUGUCUCUCCCUCCCGGCAGUGAAAGUACACAAACACUGGCAGGAGCUCAUGAUAUGAAUGUUAAAGCCACAUUGUCCAGCUGAAAUAUUCUACAAACCGUCCGAGCAGCAGGAUGACAUCCGUGUCUGCCCUCAGUCCCUUUUUUUUUCUUCUCUCAGCGCUGUCCAAGCAAAGAAAAGUCACACCAGUGUUAGUCCGUGUUUGUCCUCACCAUCAGUCACUUACACUGUGUGUUUUUUUUUUUUUUUGGAGCAUCAGAAACCUUUCUUGGAUGCUUCCUGGGUUUUUUUUUUUUUCCCCCGCAUAUGGGCUCCUCUAUACUCCCAGCUGCUGUCGCCUCAUCCAUCUUCAUCGCUACAGUUGCUUCAGCUCUGGCAAACCGAUCAUUGCUGACUGACCAAAAAAACAAAAAAGAAGAAGAGUGUCGCCAGAUUUGAAAACUUCAAUAUACAGCAAAAACACACAGAGGUUCACCUCGUUUGGAAUGUAACAGACGCAAAAGUCCCGCACUCCAGCUUCAGACGUGUUGUUUUGUGUUUUUGUACGUAUGUAAUAAAGACAGCAAACAAAUAUAUCUUA